UAUAGCCUUACAUCUCAGGAGAUUAGCAUUAGGAUUGCCUCAUGGCUAGUUCAGAAGUGUAGCAGGGGCUAAGAAGUGCUUUUCUUAGCUGGUAUUAACUGGGGUAAACGGCGGCAGCUGCCCACUUGGGUUCCUGACUUUGUCGAGCCCCUCAAAGCUAAUUGAAUAAUCUAGACUCUUCUCGACAGGUCCUUGACAAUAUCAGGAGACUCGAAUACUAUAGCAGGCCUCCACCUUACUGCCAUAAAGCUUUGCAACCUACAGGGUUCUUUCAAGUCCUCUGUCGAACAAAGAAUUUACCGGCCUUUUGUCCAGCACGGAUCCGCUUGGCGAGCAAUCGUUCUCAUGCCCAAAGCUUUCUGUGGCUCUAGCCAAUCUUCCAGUUGGUUAAACAUCAUCUCGGCGGAAGACGAUGUUUACUGGCUCUACGGUAUUGAAGGAUUCUCUAUCAUGAGACCCAACUACGACGGGACUACUCACGGUCUUGUCUGUGCUUGCGACGUGGUUUUCGAGACGCCAAAAUUGCCAUCGCCCCAAAACCUAGUGAAGCCACCCCAGACCCCUGUCCGAGCUUGACUCGACUGUGGGACUUUAUUUUAUCUCCCCACAAAGGGGACGCGGUGCGAUUGAGGUGGGAU